AUGGAAAUAAUUAAGCCAAGCUUUAGAAAGAUUCUUGAAAGUUAUCGUAAUCAUAUAUUAACAAAUUCCAUCUACAAGGAAUACAAAAAUUCAAAAAUGACACAAUUUUUAAAAAAUCUUGUGGGUGUGAAUAAUUUUCAAAAAAUUUAUCACAAUAAUAAUGAUUUUUGUAGUCUAGCAGAAGUUAUCAAUUUACUAGACAAAGAUAAUGAUGAUGGUGAUAUUGGUAUAAAUAAUAAAUCUUAUAGAAUUACAAGGUGGAAAGUAAUAAGAAAAAUCAAAAUUAACCUGAGUGAUAUAACGGAACAUGAAAUGGACAUAUUGAUGGGUUCACUUGAAAAAUUUGCAGAAAUUUUUCUUAAAUGGGGGCAAUUUGCAAAUGCUACCUUAAAUUUAAUACUUGUGUCAAGAAACUUAUUGGAGAUUGGGUUUUGUGAAGCUUUGGGUCCACCUUCAGGUGAUACUUUGGACAAAUAUAGAGAUGAUUACAACAAAUUAGUACGAUUUGGAGUGGAUAGAUGCCUUGAAACUUCCAGUUUUACUUAUACAAUGGAAAGGUUAAGUUAUAUAAAAUUAUUCUUAGUUUGUAAUAUUACAUCUUAA